GCCAGUGACAGUGUCAAUCAAAAUUUUGUUGAAGUCAGAGAAAUACAACGACGAAGUGGAAGAAUUUCCUCCAGACGGCAAACUAAGAUUACAAAAUCAAUUGCAACGUUGACAAAAUUUCUAUACAAUGGCAGAGAAAAGAAAAACGAAGAAACGCAAAGAUGAGUUUGGCGAAUCAACGGAGUCAGAAAAGCCGACCAGCGAGGAAUACGCGGUGGCGAAGUGGUUAAAAUCCAAUGUGCCCACAAAAAAAACUAAAUUUCUCAAUCAUCACGUCGAAUAUUUUACAGGGACAAGAGCUGUGGACGCACUAUUGACAUCGAAAUGGGCGACGGGCAAGAAUCCGAUCUUCACGACACGUCACGAGGUCACCACCUACCUCCAUCAGAUGUUGCUGCACAAAUUAUUCCACAGAGCUAAGAAGGUACCCGUAAGCGAACAGGAACUCAAGGGCAAAUCGAAAAAGAAGGAUGAGAAAUCUAGCAAGGAUAAAGAAGACAAAGACGGGGAAAGGAGCCAAGCGAGUGCCUGCGAGGGCAAGGACACAAAAGAAAAGGAGAAAGAGAAGAAGAAACGCAAGAUUAGGCUAGAGAUGCAUCUGGACCAGUUGUUCUUGGACACGGCCGACGCAUACGUUUGGUUGUACAACCCCAUGCCGUGGUACUACUGGCUGUGCGGGGUACUGGUGGUUCUGGGGACCAUCUGCGUGUGUUUGUUCCCGCUGUGGCCAGCUACCUUCAGAAAAGGCGUAUACUACCUGAGCGUAGCGGCAGCCGCGUUCCUGGUCCUCAUCAUAGCCCUGGUCGUGUUGAGAUUGGUUGUGUUCUGUGUGCUGUGGAUCCUGACCUUGUCCAGACAUCAUCUGUGGCUGUUGCCCAAUCUUACUGAAGAUGUGGGCUUUUUCGCUUCUUUCUGGCCGCUAUACAAGUACGAAUACCGCGGUCCCGGAUCGGAAAGCGAGAAGUCUUCUAAAAACAAGAAAAAGCGUAAAAAAGAAAAGCAAUCCGACGACGAAGCUGAGGCUGCGCAGGAGUCGCAGGCUCCACACGAGCUGCAGGACGAGGCCAAAGAAGAGAGUCCACUCCUGCCGAGUUCAGAGAAGCAUUCAGAAUCAGAAUCGGAGAACAGCCAGCGCUCCACCGACAGGGACUUCGAAAUGGUCGAACCCGACAUGCUGGAGCCCGCCGACUAAGGUCAGUGACCUCACGCACUGGGGCCGUGUGAUUGUGAUUGGGAGAAAUUGUUGAGUUUGUACUAUAAUAUUUUGAAGGGUUUUAAUAUAUCCAUACAGCGUAAUAUACAUUGACAAGAUUGUAUUAGAUGGACAUUUUAAAAUGUAUGAAGUUGAGAAAAAGAUAUGAAUCUCAAAAUUAUUUAAUGACUCAGACUAAUGUAUUACAAAUUACAUUUUAUUAUCAUUUGUGAAAUGGAACACUACUGUCCAUCCGUCAUAAAAUUACAUAAAUUAUAUAUAUAUAAUCCAAAUUUAUGUAUCCAAAUUUAUAUUUAAGUUAGUUAAAUAAUCCGGCAACUACCCUAACUUAGCACAAUGUACUUGUAGAUUUGAUAUCUAUUUCUCAAUAUUUGUGCCGUUUUAAUUUAAAAUUGUAAUGUUUAAUUGAUUGUAUCGAUAUUAAGCUUUGUUUUUAAAAAAAAUAUAUUUUAAAAUAUCUAAGGUGCGUUGCGUCAGUCAACUUUGCAGAGAAACGCAAAGUAAAUACGCCAUUUUGUCUAAACAUUAACGGCGUGCGAUUAAAGUUAAAGCUGCCUAGUGCAACCCACCCUUAAUGUGAAUUUUUGUCUUACCCUUAAUGUAUAUUUUAGUAGAUAUUUUUCUUAUUUCAUUCUCCCUUUUUUAUAUUUUCUGAUUAAAAUAUAAUGAUUGCAUUUAUUGUCUAAAUUAUACGUCUUUAUUCUUCUUACUUUUGUAGUCGAAACCAAAAAUAUUGCUUUCUCGAAAGCAUUUAUAUAUAUGUGAUUUUUUUUAGAUAUUUAAUUCGCCAUAGACAAUGUCAUCCCAGUGCGUUCCAUAGACCAACAAUAAUCUGGAAAUAGUAAUAUUUUCCAAUGGGAAAAGUUGUUCGAAUAUUCCAAAAUUUGUUUGGUCAUUUACGGUACAGCGGUUUGGUUUUAGGUAAAUUACGGUUAGUGACUUGCUACUUGGUUGGAAAAACAGUUUUUUUUUUUAAUACAAUGCUUUGAUAUCAAAUAGAAGAUUUUAUAAAGGGCAAUUUGAUCUAAAAUUAAAAACUAAACGUUUUACCAAUCGUAUAGUGAGGAUGCAGUAAGCAAAUUAUGUAUAUACAUUACCUGUCUACAAAAAGGACAUAAUGAUAUUGACCUUCAUAAAAUACUUUUUAUAUAAGUGUAAUACAUGUCCUUUAGAAAGAAUUUUAGUUUGCACGCUGUAUGUAAAACAGGCAUCCAACCAAGACAAAUGAGGACCAACUUGAUUGAAUUCACCGCUAGAGGCGCUGGUGUAGAGAAAGGUCCAUCCAGGGCAAAUUUUAACUUUUUAGAGCCAUGCCCCACUGCUCAGUUGUGCAGCGUUGCGACGACGCAGGACGUUUUAGCUACGCUGUGCUCGGUGGUUUUGACACUGACGUGCGUUGACGGACGUCAAAAUGACGGAGUGCUACUGAGCAAUGGAGCAUGGCUCAGACUUGAAGCGUGAGCUAGAAAUGUGCGAGCUAAAACGGGACCUUAUUAUUAAGACUCCGCUGAAAAUUUCACAGAUGAUAUAUGUUGCCACUAUAACAACAAAAACUAAUAAAAUAAAUAUAUGAAGUGCUCCUACACAAUAAA